AUGAACCGCCUCUUCGGUUCCAAAACCACCGGGCCAAAGCCCACCCUCUCGGGCGCCAUUACCAACAUCGACACCCGCAUUGCCUCCAUCGACACGAAACUAAAAGCCCUCAAUGGCGAACUAUCCGCCUACCAAGAAAAAAUGUCCAAGAUGCGCGAAGGGCCCGGCAAACAAGCCAUCAAGCAAAAGGCCCUCAAGGUUCUCCAGCGCCGGAAAGCGUACGAGGCGGAAAAGGAAAAACUAGAGGGUCAAGUGUGGAACAUGGAGCAAGCAUCCAGCAUGCAGGAUAAUUUGAAGAAUGUCAUGACGCAGGUCGAUGCGAUGAAGACGACUAAGAAAGAGCUGCAGAAGCAAUAUGGCAAGAUUGACAUUGAUAAGAUUGAGCAGUUGCAGGAUGAGAUGGCCGAUUUGAUGGAUGUGGGUAAUGAGAUUCAGGAUAGUCUGGCAAGGAGCUACGAUAUCCCAGAUGAAGUGGAUGAGGCGGAGCUGGAUGCUGAGUUGGAGGCGCUGGGGAUGGAACAGGAGCUGGAGAUGGAGAUGGGAGGAGCGGUGCCAGGGUUCUUGCAGGACGAGGUGGUGCCCGAGUUUGUGGAUGAGCCUCCCCAGACGGAAGAUAAAGUGAAGGAAGCUGCUGGUUAG